GGAUUGUUGCCGCAACAGCUGAAGGGAUUCUCUUCCGCCUCUCUGCUCGUCUCCGAUCGACAGUAUCCCCGCCGGGAUUUUCAGCUUUUCAUAUACAGCCGUUCCAUACUUUUUCCAGUGUAGUUGCAGACCGGGACAAGUUGCCGUGGGGGGUUUUAGGAUUGAACUCUGUCUUUCUCUGCUCUCGAUUACGCUCAAAUAUCCAAAAGAUCAUUACCCUUUGAAAUCGUCACCGUUUACUGCUUGUGGUUUCAAGUUUUUUUUUUUUCUGAUUUAUCUUCAUCUUGACUGUUUGUAGCAAGAUGGGUUUGGAAGAAGAAGCUGGUGGCUCUGCAAAGAUUUUGCCUCCUACGGAACAGGAAUUAUCUGCAGAGCUAGAUACUAAAUUGCAGAAGUAUCUUAGAGGAGAGGGUGCAGAUCUUGAGGCUUUAAAAGAUAAAAAGUUGAAAGGCCAGCUUUUUGUUCGAGAAAAAUUAUAUGGCAACUCUGCAAAAGCUGCAGCAAAGUUUGAAAAGUGGCUUAUGCCAAGUGAGGGAGGAUAUCUGGAGGCUGAAGGUGUAGAAAAGACAUGGAGGAUCAAACAAGAUCAGCUUACUCGUGAAGUUGAUAUUUUAAGUUCAAGGAAUCAAUAUGAUAUAGUGUUGAAAGAUCUUGGUCCCUACACUCUGGAUUUUACCCCUAGUGGUCGAUACAUGGCGACUGCAGGACGUAAGGGGCAUGUGGCUAUUGUAGACAUGAAGAGUAUGGAGCUAAUUAGAGAGAUGCAGGUAAAAGAAACAGUUCGAGAUAUUGUGUUUUUGCACAAUGAGUCAUUCUUUGCAGUUGCACAGAAAAAGUACCCAUACAUUUAUAACCGGGAUGGAAUCGAGCUUCAUUGUUUAAAGGAACAUGGAGCAGUGUCGAGGCUACAGUUCUUGAAGAACCAUUUCCUCCUAGCAUCAAUAAAUAAAUUUGGACAGCUCCGUUACCAAGAUGUUACCACCGGCGAGAUGAUAGGUAACUUCCGUACGGGGUUGGGACGCACCGAGACGAUGCAGAUCAACCCUUACAAUGGCGUUGUUGCAGUUGGUCACUCUGCUGGUACGGUAAGCAUGUGGAAGCCCACCAGUGCUGCUCCCUUGGUCAAGAUGCUCUGCCAUCACGGCCCUAUUUCAGCACUAGCAUUCCACCCGAAUGGCCAUCUCAUGGCAUCUUGUGGAAGAGAAAAGAAGAUAAAAAUUUGGGACUUGAGGAAAUUCGAAGUGGUUCAAACAAUACCCGGGCACCAUGCUAAGACCUUGGAUUUCAGUCAGAAAGGUUUACUUGCUGCAGGAACUGGAUCAUAUGCUCAGGUUUUAGGUGAUUUCUCAGGAACCCAAAACUACAGCCGGUACAUGGGUCAUUCAAUUGCUAAAGGGUACCAGAUCGGAAAAGUAUCUUUCCGGCCUUAUGAAGAUGUUCUGGUCAUGGGCCACUCGAUGGGAUGGUCAUCUAUCCUCAUUCCGGGUUCAGGUGAACCGAACUUUGAUACUUGGGUUGCAAACCCAUUUGAAACAAGUGAACAGCGGAGAGAGAAGGAGAUCCACUCUCUGCUCGACAAGCUCCCACCUGAGACGAUAAUGUUGGACCCCUCGAAGAUUGGUACAUUGAGACCAUACAAGAAGAGGGAGAAGCCUACGAAGGAGGAGAUAGAGGCAGAGAAAGAGGCUGCUGUUGAAUCGGUCAAAGACAUUGCUUUGAAGAAGAAGACCAAAGGUAGGAAUAAGACGAGCAAGAGGGUGAUGAAGAGAAAGGUGUUGAUCGAUAAAGCCAAGAAACCUUUCCUGGAGAAGCAAAUGCUGGAGGAAGGAAAAGUUGCAGGGAAGAAGCGAAACCUCGGUGAGGAAACUGAAUUGCCUGCGUCUCUGAAGAGAUUCGUGCGCAAGAAGGCUGCCGUCUAGUAGCUUAGUAGAUGCUUUCUAUUCAACUUUUCCAGCACCGGCAUACGCUCUAACGCCCCAAAAUUUUGUUGUAACAGAGAUAGGUACUCAAAUGUAUCCAAUAGUGUAUCAUACUGCAGUAUACACUUGUGUUGGAUUUUUAAUUACAUUUAGACAUUUCUCAUAUUUCAUACUCCAUUUUUGAAAUGGUGAAACCUAUGCAUGUCGCGUACAAUUAUCUCCCUUCUUGUUACCAGUGAAAUGUACUUUGUCGCGCUAUGGCAAUCCCCACAAACUCUCAGGUUCUUCCUGAUGUGGAUGGUCGUGCCCCGGGUAGUAUUCAGGAGCCCAAAGGCAAUUGCCAACUUCUCACUGUGAGUGUUUAGCAACUGCUCCUUCACGUGAUCUUCGACGUCAUGGAUUGAAUUGGUCUCAGGCACAUAACCAGCAGCUUUGAUCUUGCCAACCAGUUUCUCAAGGAAAGCAUAGAUUUUUCUGGACUGUGGAUGCUCUGUACUCCCUGAAUAGAAACUGUGCACUUCGUUCCUCAACUCGACCAAACUGCACCCUGGAGUUUUCUGCAGCCCUUUCUUCUGCAUCAUUCCUCUCACUUCAGCUACUUUCUUCCACAUCGACGCAGAGGCGUAAAUGUUAGCUAGAAGUACAUGGUAACCACCCUCUUCUGGAUUUAAUUCGAAAAGUUUCUCCGCUGCUUUCUCAGCAAAAUCAACGCUCUUGUGAAUCUUACAAGCUCCCAACAUUGCUCCGUAAACUGAAAUCUCUGGUUUGACAGGCAUCUGUUGUAUGAAUUCCCAUGCAUCGUGUAGCCGGCCACCUCGACCAAGAAGGUCGACCACAGCUCCAUAGUGGUCCAUUGCAGGCUCUAGACCAUAGUCUUCCUUCAUGCUAUUGAAGAACUGCAUGCCUUCAUCCACCAGACCUGAGUGGCUGCAAGCUGAUAGAACACACAAGAACGUUAUAUGAUUUGGCUUGAUAUCUCCCUUUUGCAUAUCCAUGAACAGUUCUACAGCAGCACGCCCAUGCCCAUGGACGCCAUACCCAUCGAUCAUGGAGUUCCAAGUUAUCACGUGCCUAGCCUUCAUCGUGUCAAAGAGUCUUCUUGCAGUAUGGAUGGCUCCACAUUUUGCAUACAUGUCGACAAGAGCAGUCAUCACAAACACAUUUUCGUUCAGAAACCGUCUUAUGACAAGCCCAUGUAUCCACUUUGCUUGUCGCGGAAUUGACAACUCUGCAAGAGCAGGAAUGACACUCACCAUCGUGAAUGAAUCUGGCUUUAUAUUCUGUAACUGCAUCUGGCAGAAAGAGUUCAAAGCCUCAUUGACGCAUCCAUUCUGGGCAUAACCAAGUAUCAUAGCAUUCCAUGACACCAGCGUUUUAUUCUUCAGUUUCGCGAAGACUUCAGAAGCAAGGUCGACCCUCUUGCACUUGGAAUACAUGGAAAUCAAGGAGUUCAUGACAGAAACAUCGGAACCAAGCUUCAAUUCAUCCACCAACCUAUGUACAAAUUUCCCUAGCUCAAGGUUACCUGAAUCAGCACAGGCAUGUAGAGCUUGCAUAACAGUGACAUUAGUUGGUUGAACACCUUCAUUCAUCAUUCUCUGAAAUAUAACCAGUGCUUCUUCAGGAUCCCCACUUUCUACAUACCCAUCAAUCAUCGAGUUCCAGGAAACCACAGACCUACGGUUCAUCCCAUCAAAAAGUACCCUUGCCGUUCCCACAUCCUUACAUUUUGAAUACAUAUCCACAAGAGCUGUAGAAACAUUCACAAGACCUUCAAAUCCUGCCCGAAUGGAGUAACCAUGAAUCGCCUUCCCAAUUCGCAGCGACCCAACAUCAGCAGCUGCAGGCAAAGUAGAAACAACGGUAAUCGAAUCCGGCCUCUGCCCUUCCUCAAACAUCUUCGAAACCAACUCCAACGCAACCCUUGCCACCCCAUUCUGAGCAUACCCAGAAACAAUGGUAUUCCAAGACACCAAGUCUCUGUCAGGCAUUCUAUCAAACAUUCUGUAGGCAUCAUCAAUUUCCCUACACUUGGCGUACAGAUUCACAACCCCAGUCAUCGCAAACAAAUUCCACGACAACCCACUACUUAUCAACUGCCCGUGAAUCUCCUUCCCCCUCCUAAGAUCCGAAUUAUCCCCACAGAGCUUCAGCAAAUACGCGAAAUUGUACACAACGGGCGUAACGCCGUCGUGCCUCAUCCUACAGAAAAACGAAAAGGCUGUAUCCAGAGAAGAGUGGUUGACAUAACCUUUAAGCAUCGUAUGGUAAAACGCAUCCACCUUAUUCUCAAUCCGCUCGAACACCCGAGCCGCCUCAUUCAAGCAGCCAUAGCUGCAGAAUAGGCUGACGAGCUUCGUCUGAAAGAGGUGUUCCCCGCAGAGGCCGUGCUUGAUAAUGAGAGGAAGGAUUUGGUUGAGCUCUUUGACGGAAGUACAGAGCUCCAAGAGAACGGCGGCAGGGUGCUUGUAGAUAUGAGGCGGGAUGUAAACUCGCGGGGAGAGAGAGUGGCGCGGAAGAGCUGCCGAGGAAGGGAAUUUGGACGAAGGCGUUUUCUGGGUCGUGGCGUUGAGGGGAAGAGGAAGGACAACGAGGUUGGAGCUCAUUUCUCAGGCUCCUAUAUGAUAAGAUUAACGAGGGAAAACGGAGGGCGUUGAUUCAAGUCGCAAAAGAAAACCGAUAACUUCCAUUAUUGACAUCAAUAAAGCUUUCUCAAUAUCAAUGCCCCGCCCCCAUUGCUUCUUCAGUAUUGAAGCAAAAAACAACAACGAUUAAAAAAAAAACAGAGCAAAAAAGACGCCGCCUUUUUCUUCUUCUUCUUCCACAGGAAACCUCAGAGAUGCUUUCUGUUAGGAGUCCGAAGCGCCUUCAAUCUGACAACACCAGGCGAGAACUAUCCCUCGCAUUCUUCUUCCUUCUCAAGCAGCUCGUCAUCGCUAUUGUACUCAAACCUCUUGUGCUUCCCACUGAACUUGACUGCCACCAUACUCAUUCUAGUAAUCCCUUCACACAGCUCAUCAACUGCUAAUCCUCUAUCACCAUACCUUUCUUCUUCCUCGUCUUCACUGUAGUCAUCAUCGUAAAGCUCCUCUACCUCUACUACUCCAAUCACUUCAUCAAGGUCUUCAUCAUCAUGGGUGCUCGCGUUGACCUGAAUCGACCAGAGAGAGGCGCUGUCAUCGUCUGCUACCUCUGACUGUGGUGACAGCGACUUCUGUUCGCUUCCCGAUUCAGUCCCAGCUAUGGCCGCUAAAAAGCAUUCCGGAGAAGAAUCAGACUCGGACUUCUCAGAGAAAUCCAUCAAUAAUUGCCUGUUCAAACUCUUCUGAGAUUCCAAUGCCUCUUGCUUGAACAUUUCACUCACCACGGCCUGCAGAAAUCUUGAGCUGUUCUUCAAUUACUGGAACAGGAGAGAUCUGUUGAAUGAUGCUGUUAUUGUUAUGGGUCAGAUCGUCAAGGACCAUCGGGGUAUUCGCCGGAGUUGGGGCGAGAAGUCUCAUGGGAUUAGAGUCGAGAAGCCCUUGGAGCCGGAGGAAAGGCCGAUUCUCCAACCCAAUCUUUGACUGAUCAGCUUCUUCCUCGACUCGCUGCAGCAGAGUCUUCACUUGACCCCUGAGAAGAGCUUCUCCAGAUCCAGGAGUUUUGUUACUGUUCUUGAGUAUGUUACUUCUUUGCUUUGCUGUGGCAGAGGAGGGAGUCUCCCAGAUUCCCUUCGCUAGCCCAACAAUCGGGGAAUCAUUUGUUAUGUCAAUUAGUACGGAUCUUUCUUGCUGCUGCUGCUUAACACUAGCCUUGGCUGAAUCUUCCAUCUUCCCUGACAUGGGGAUAUUGCUGUUGUUAAGCCCAAGAGAAUGAGUCUGUGAUCUUGUAAUUCUCUUGGUUGAGGAAGGAGUCUCCAUUGUUGCUUAAGUGCUAAAGAGCUCAAAGUAAACUAGAAAAAGAAAUCCGGAUUGAGGUAUUCCACAAAGAGAUUGAGAGAAAUGGAAAAUCGGCAGCGGAAAGUUGAAUAGACAGGAAUGUUUAGCGAGGAUAUUCGAGAGCGCUUUAUACAAAUUCCAAAAUUGUAACGGUAAUGUGACCGUUAGAGGGGAGGCGCAGGGGCUGCCAGCCAGGCAUCUUAGUGCAUCUCGGCAAAACUAGCCGUUGUGGAGUUUCCUUUUAUCUGUUGAUUUUUCGCGGCAAUUGGAGUGAGACGAUUCUUCUUCUUCUUCGCGUUCAGAGACUCACUAGCGUUUUCGGCGAGCGUGGAUGAGCCGCCACGGCGAAGGCAAAGGGGAAGUGGAAAGUCCACCGCAGCUCCAAAGGGCGGAAUAGAGUUUGUUUGGUUUGUGAAUUUAAUUUUUAAAUAAAAAAGACAAUAGAGUAAUUUACAUAUACAUUUUACAAUGAUAAUUAGUAGUUCUAUGACGAUCUUUAGCAUUUUAGUUAUGUUUUGUAAAAUACUUUUUGAUUGGG